AUGCUAUUUCGUUGGUGGAUUCUUGUCUUACUCACACAAGUUAAACAAUUCUUAGCAGAUCAUUAUAAAGGUGGUAGCAUAUCGUGGAGACCUGUAAGUCCAUAUUCAUUAUCGAGUCCUGUUCAAGUUGUAAUAACAUAUCGAGACUCAUGGGCACUUAGCCGAUAUGCUUGUAAUGAUACUACUAUUAAUACAUUGGGAUCUUACAACGAUACAACAAAUUCAAUAACAGCUUCCAUCACUUGCAUUAGUUCUUCAGCAGCAUGUACAGCGUCACAAUUCACAGCAAUUAGCUCGACAUUAUACUGCACUGAUUUUAGCACUGCAUUCGACGUAUCUACCGGAAGUUAUUAUUCGAAACAAAAUUUAGCAUUAAAUUCUGUAAUUGAUAUUGCUUCGAGAGGAGCAUCAUGGUCAAGUGAAAUUUUAAUGAAUGCGUGGUCACUUGUUUCUCAUAUGGAUCUAACACCGAUAUCGGGUAAAAUAAAUAGUUCGCCUGUCUCGGGAUCAUUACCGGUUAUUCAAUUUUUCGUUAAUGAAUUGAGAGUUAUACAAAUACUUGCAUCAGAUUGGGAUUCUGGUCAAGUUGUACGAUGUCGUUGGUCAUAUCAAUCUUCAACAGAUGAAUGUGGAAGUGCAUGUUUUGAUCUACCGAAUGCUUCAUUGAGUCCCAUAGAUUGUGCUAUUACAUGGACAGGUGUUCUUCGAUCUGCGGAUGUUGCUAAUGGUCUAAAUCAGUCGACAUACGUGGUUGCUGUAACUGUUGAAGAUUUUGUGAAUGCGUCCAGUACUACACCUCUUAGUUCAGUACCUCAUCAGCUACUGGUUCAGGUUUCCUAUAAGCCUGCUGGUGCGUGUGCAUUUAGACCUACCAUUAAUAGCUUUCUUUUACGUAACCGAGCAUGCUUUGCUUGGUCAGUAGGCUCAAGGUUGAGUUUAAGUUUUUAUGGUUAUAUAUCCACAUCUUGUUAUAAUCAUUCAAUUGUUGCGUUCGUGUCGUCAACACCAUUCAAUGUCAACAAAACAAGUUUCUAUCAGUAUACCAACUUUACUUGGGUCGCCACUAUCUCAUGGACACCUACAAGCGAUCAAGUUGGUCUUGUGCCGAUUUGUGCAGCAGCUGUCGAUGACUAUGGCCAAGCAAGUGACCAAAAUUGUGUAAUGAUUGCCGUGGGUGCUACCAGCUUUAGUAUACUGACACCAACCUUUGUUCAGGGUACGGCCUCACCUCUCGGUACUACUUUAUCGACACAAACACGUUUCAGUAUUCAAGCAAAUCUACCACUGAGACGAACAAAACUGAACAAUACUUUAAUCUACAUACAGGGAUAUGAUGUUGCCUAUUAUAGAACGAUUGAUUGCAAAUAUUCUGGAGAUGUUUAUUUUGUUAACAAGACUUUGAUUUUUUUCGUUCGGAAUCCAUCGUGGACUUUAGGUCGUACAUAUUAUGUAAAUCUAGGUUAUGGAGUAGCUACGGCCGAUCAAUAUUGUGGCACUGAAACAUAUUCCUUGAAUGGUUAUUACUAUUGGAGAUUCACAAUUUGGAAUCCACAGAUGUCAUCGACAACAACUCCUCCGCCUACAACAACCACAGCGACGACUCAUACAGUGACUACUCGAGUUCAAGGUACUACAACAUAUAAUACAAUUUUUACAACAACUGGUGUUCCUGCUUAUUCAACAACAUCAACAACGUCGACAACAGCGACAACAUCGACUUCCGCAACAACUACAACAACAACAUCAGCUACUACAACUACGACAGGAACGACUACAACAACACAGUAUGUUCCAAAUGCUGUGGUUAUCUAUCCAAAAGAUAUGGAAAUUGCAUGUGCACAGCCAGCAGCCAUUGCGGUAGUCAUUGUUACUAGUGUUAUGAUUCCACUUCAUUUUCUUGCAAUGAUAAAUCUGUUUGUUAAAAUGAACAGUCUUUAUCACAAGAACAUUUUACGCUCACGACGGGCAUAUCGUAAAUAUUUACAUCAAGCAAUCGAUGGCGAACGAGAAUCAUUGUUCUAA